AUGGCGAACGACGUCUACACUGGCUUCUGGAUCGACUGGGAAAAGGGCAGAACCAAAGGCGCCACUUUGACUUUGCCACAACAACAAGGCUUCGUUCUCGUGUCCUUCCUUACGCUCUUCGUUCAGUUCUCUGGUGCAUGCUUUUGGCGCGUUGUCUGCUUCAUCUUACACCAACGCCGCUCUACAACAACUCCACGCGAUGGCCUAUUUCACCAACAGCAAAUCAUCCUCAGGAAUGCGAUAACGGCACCAAACGCACUGUGGAAUCUGGGUCGCUCUACACUAGCGUGGAGAGGCAGGGUCGAAUCGCCGUUUCGCCACGCCAUCGCCCUUAUCUUGAUCACGGUCAUACACAUGUCCUUCUUUAGUGUAGCUGGUCUUUUCUCAUCGCAGAUUGCAUCCACAGGUGCGAGUUCGGCACUCGUCAGAGCUGGCGUCUGCGGCUAUCCGAAGGAGAUUUCUAAUCUCCGCACGCAAGAGGCAUAUAACCUUGAAGGCGAUGAUCUCACUACCUUCAACUCAGAGGUUUUGCUAGGACGCUUGACGCUCACGAAAAGUGCGGCUUACGCCCGAUCGUGCUACAACAGCCAUUUUGAGGGCGGGGCGACCGAUUGCAGCAUCUAUGUCCAGACCUAUCUCGAAGGCGUCGAUGCGUCAUCAGUUGAGAAUGCCACGUGCCCGUUCGGAAAAGAUUCGUGUGCCACGGAGAAGGCGGUGAGAUACGACUCCGGGCAUAUCUCUAGCAGCAUACAUCUUGGCAUCAAUUUUCCGGAAGCCGAAGACGUGUCGAUCAGAAGAGUGACGAGCUGCGCGCCGAUCGAUAGUGAGAAGUAUGCCACUGGAUGGAUGAACAAUCGCGUUGAAGCAUUUGGUGGAAAGUCUAACACUAGUGUACGUUUCUGGGAGUUUGGAAACGGGCCAACAGGGUGUCGGGCGACAAUACCGCUAAACCAUACUGAGAAAACUACCUUCUGUGUUAGUCAGUAUCAGAAAGACUACUGGCAAGACCCCUACACCGUUCUUGCAGUCAGCGCCUACGUCGACAACACAACUGCCAGCGACUUCACGCCCAUCUCAGAUUUCGAACGAGACGACGCCGACGUGACUCUGAUGUCAAUAUUCAGCAAAGCAAAAUACACGAACGUCGUUGACGACCCUUUGUUCAAUGCCCACAACAACUCAUGGAAGAUCGGCAGCAACGCAAAGAACUUCUCCACUCCGACGACCGACCUUUCAGUCCUUGGCUGUACAGAGCAAUACCAGUUCUGUAACACUGCUCUCUCGAAGUGCACCAAACUGACUGGCCUUUACGCCGCGUUAAGGACGGUCGAGAAUGGCGACUUGCAACUCUCGCCGCAACAAGCUGCUACCUUUCGCAUCGUAUGGAAAGCAGCAUGGUCAAUGGUUCUCCAAUGGGCGACAACCAUUCUAGAUAACUCGCUGUUGCUCGCCCAAGACUUUGUCUUCACUAUGAAAUCGACAACUUCAUCUCCGCUUCCCGACGAUCAAUGGAUACAGGAGGCACACAACCUUCACAACUUGUCUCUCGCGGUUCUACAACGCCGCGUCAAUGAAUUCGCGUCACCAGAAAACUUCGACAUCCGGCCCGGGCUCAAUUCUUUGACGCAGAUCAACGUAACGUCAGAUCCGCAUGAGCUGAAGAUAUGCCAACGUCAGAAAAUACACUCUAUUGCGCAUGUGAGCGUUAGCGUGCUCGGCAUGUGCAUUAUCUUAGGUAUAGGCUCCAUCCUGAUCCUGCUUGACUGGACCCUUAUAGAGCAGAUCUUUUGGUUUCGUUCCGUUACGCACCUCAAGCAGUCGAAGAAGGCGGACUGGCAGGCAACAGGCACCUUGCAACUGCAUCGACAAUCUCUAGAGGCGAGAGCAGUAGGGCCCUGGAACGCGGGUGAUUAUUUGUUCCCGGUAUUGGUCGAGAAGGGCAGAAACUUCCUUGGGCUAGGUGUGAGACACGAAAUCCCCGAGCAUAGUAGUUUGCAACACGAAGGCUGGGUCUAUAACUCGAAUACUGUGUACAACGGUGGAAAUUAUUCGGCCUUAUCCGAGGAGAUCAACAUGGAACCGUUGAACCACCACAAGGGGAUGGCGCUCUAG